AUGUUUUAGAAGCUUCAAUAAAGUUAGCUUUAGAGAUCCUGGGAAUUGUGCCUUUUUUAAAUUUUCAUCCAUCUCAUUUUCCUUAAUAAAUUCUGUUACAAAGUACUUGCGCAAACUGAAAUCAGCCGAUCCUUUUUUAGUCCCUUCAAUACAGAUGAUAGUAAUUAAAACCUAACAUCAUAGACUGGAAUACUUACUUGGCCGAAAAUUCAAACCAUAUCACUGAUUGUGUAACUUCUGACAUAUUUGGUGGAAGAUUCGUCUUUAAUUCAUAAACAGUCAUAACAAAGACCUUCAUCCUUCCUCCUCAUUAUAAGGUUAAGGUUGAGUUAAAUUUCUGGAGGUCUGUACUUUUUAAAUUUUUUUAUUUAGAUUGGAUCCUUGGACUUCCUCAUAUUACAUCGUGUUUAUUGAUGGAGAAAAAGCAAUCAAUAAUAAUCCAAAUUCCUCAGGAACAGAAAUUUGUGGAAGUGGAUCUCUUGGUUAGACCGAUGCAGUAGGUAGAUAAAUAGUCCAUAUGGGAAACUCAGCCAUAAUAAUAAUAGUUUCUAGAUAAUCAUCAGCAUAUUGGGGAAUCUCCAAUUUUAAAUUGUCAGUCUUGAAAUGUCCAAAUCUUUGUCAUUAUUGUGAUUCCACUGGAAUUUGUUAGAAAUGGUAUAGAGUUUUAACGUAUUUUACAACUCUUACAUUAACAAAUGGAGAAGGAUGGAUUAGAGAUAAUGCUUAUUAUGAUAAUGUGCUAGAUUGUGGUUUUUAUAAUUAAAUAUCCUAGGUUUUCAAUAUUAUGGAAAUUUCUUAACAACACAAUUAGCCACCAUAGGUUUAAUCUUAGAUGAUCCUCAUACUAGUAUAAAAGUUUCAUUCUUAUUUCUAUCUUUAGAGAUCACCGAUUCUGUAACUAUAGAAGUUAAUGGUGACACAUAAAUGUAUUAUUCUACGCCAACUUUAAAUACUGUAGCAGAUUUUAAUUAUUUGUGUGGGUCUAAUCUCAAAAUGAGCAGGAUUGAAACUUUCGGAUCUAGUAGCAGUUCCUCAACCAUAACAAUUGCUAUCGGGGUUCCAAUUGUUGUGACCACAUCUGCGAACACACCAUCAUUUGGUAUUAGAGACUUUGAAGUUUUUACAUAUUAGGAGAAUAAAAUAAUAGAUGAAAAAGUAAUCCAUAAAAAUGAUUAUAUCCUUGCCUUUGAAGGAAUUUUUUCUUAAUAGUACAAUUGUGUAGUAGGGUGCAGUAAUUGUAUUAGAGAUAUGUGUGUUGAAUGUUUUUCAGACUGGAAUUUUGAUACAUAUUCAUAAGUAUGUCUACCAAUCUGUGGAGAUAAAUUGAUAUUAUACUAAGAAGAGUGCGAUGAUGGAAACUUGUAACCUAAUGAUGGAUGUUACUAGUGUAAGUUCUCUUGUCCACUAAAUUGCGCUUAAUGUGAAUUUGGUUAAUGCAAGUUCUGCAACUAUAAUUACCAAUUAAUUGGUAACUAAUGUCAAUUUUCUUGCAAAUAUGAGGAUAAUUUAAUUAAAUUUGAUACAUAAAUCGAAGAAGGUCAUUAUUGUCAAAUCUCUAAUUUCUUGAUAAACUAAUACCUUCAGCAUGUCAUCAUAAACAACAACCUUAAAUUAGAUGUUCAAGAUCUUAAAUGCUAGAUUUAGAAUUACGGUAUUUUUGCUUAUUAAUAUAAUUAAUGUGAGUAAAGAUAACCUUAAAAUUGUAAUAUUUCUGUUUUUAAUGAAUGUCAAAUUUGUGUGAAUCUAUUUGAAAAAACCUUCAAUGGUUAAUGCAUUCCUAUUUGUAGCCAUGGCACUUAUUAUGGAGAGGAAUUUCUUUAUAAUUCCAUCGAGUUUUAGUUUGACAAUUCUUAUUAAUGUAGUUUAUGUCAAUUAGAAUGCUUGGAUUGUCACAAUUCUUUUUGCUUUUCAUGUUUAAAAGGAUGGAAUCUGGUAGAUUACAGAUGUGAAUAUUAAUGUGGAGAUGGCAUAAUAGCUAUGAAUUCAAAUGAAUAGUGUGAUGAUUAAAAUUAAGAAAUUGGAGAUGGAUGUUAUGAAUGUAAAUUUGAAUGUGAAUAAAAUUGUGUAUUUUGUAAUGCUCAUCAUGAAUGUGUAAUUUGUAAUUAGUAUUUUGAGAUUAAGGAUAAAAAUUGUAUUCCUGCUUGUGGAGAUGGGUUUGUUGUGGAAGGAUUAGAAAUUUGCGAUGAUGGUAAUGAUAUCGAAUAUGAUGGAUGCCAUAAUUGCUAAUAUUCGUGUAGGGAGAACUGUCAAAUUUGUGAUCAUUAAAAUUGUUUAGAUAUAUGUGAUUAAGGGUAUUAUUAUCUAGAGAAAUAAUGCAUAUCGAUAUGUGGAGAUUCUAUUGUUGCUUUUAAUGAAGAAUGUGAUGAUGGUAAUGAUGAUCCUUUUGACGGCUGUGAUUUAUGCUUGCAUUCAUGUCCUUUAAAUUGUAGUAUUUGUUAAAAAGGGCUUUGUUAAGUUUGCAAUAUAGGUUUUCUUAUGAAUGACAAUAAUUGUCAAGAUACUUGUGGAAAUGGUUUUAAAUCAGAUUAAGAAGAAUGCGAUGAUGGGAAUCACUUAUCCCUAGAUGGAUGUUCAAAUAUUUGUGAUAUUGAAAUGUAUUGGACAUGUUUUGAAGAUGAUCUAAGAAAGAGUUCCUGUCUUUAAACUAUACCUCCUCAUUUUAAACUAGUAUUCUUGAAUUAAACAUAUAAUGUCUUAUAUGUCUAAUUAUAAUUUACUAAUAAAAUUAAACUAUUAGAUUCAACGUAAAAUUUAACUCAAAAUUUUAAAGCUUAACUUAUUGAUAUCAAUCCUUCUCAUUAUAUUAUUAAGGAUGUAUUAAUUAAUGAACCUGAUAAUUAUAGUGUGCAUGAGGUCAUUUAUUAAUUGCGAAUUGAAAUUUUAGAAUAAUAAACAAAAGACAUUGUUCUACAAGUUCAAUUAAAUACUGUGCUGGUUGAUCAGAAUGAUUUUUAAGUUGACAAUGAUAUUUGCAAAAUUCGACUCAAAAAUCCUGUUGUUUUAACUGCUGCUUAAAAGGAGAUUUCCCAUAACCUAAGCUCCUAUAAUCUAGUUAUACUUAUAUUUCUGGGGAUAUCAAGUUUUAUUAUUUUGAUUUCUGGUCAUCCUGCUGAAUGCUUUGAAAUCCUGGAUACAAUUUAAUUUUAAUCCUAUUUAAAAUUUAUCAAUAUAAUCUUUCCUUAAAACCUAAUGAUUUAUUUUGAAUCUUCAGAGGUUGUUACAAUUAAUCCUAUUUUGGAUAAAUUUGGGAUGCUAAAAUUAUGUUAUGAUGUAAUUGGAUCACAAUACUUGUAAGCUUUUGGUAAAUUUUAUAGUUAUGAUGUCAACUCUGAUCUAAUUAGUAAUUUAUAUGGUCUUGUUACUCAAAUUUUAUUAGGAACAAUUUUACUAAUAGUAUCGUAUUGUUACUUAAGAUUUAUUUUCAGAACUUCGUUUGCUCGAAUUAGAGUCUUUAUUUACAAUAAUUAAUCUACCCUUGUCUCAUAUAAUAUUGCAUUUUUAAUACAUUCUCUGAAUCAAUUUAGCUUUGGAUUAAAUAGAAUUUUAUCAUAAUAAGGGAUUGUUUAUAUUCUCUAAGCGAAUUGUUGGGAUUUAAUUUUUAAGACUUUACUCUAUAUAUUUUCUGAAAAAGAAAGUGAUUCUAGAAAUAUCGUAUAAACUGUGCUUGCAAGUUUUAUUUUGAUUUCAAUAGCAUCUUUGAUGUCUCUAUUUUUUUAGUAUUCGUUGUCUUAAUUUAAGCUAAAUAAAAAAAGAAAUUUUCGUCAUGAAGGCAUCAUUAUUGCCAAGAAAUUAUUAAUAUUAUUACUAUUGAUAGGUUCUUAAAGUAACCCUAUUUUACAAUGUGUGGGUAUCGCAUUCGUUGAUACUUUUUACAUUACCUUAAUCAUUUAUUCUAAUAUGAUCAAUAAUAAAAUCGAUUUGAUAGUAAUUCUAAUUUUUGAGAUUCCAAUUAUUAUUUUUGCAUUGCUUUCUCUAUCUUUUGAUUCAAAUUUUGUUAAACUUGUUAGUGCAUAAGCUUAAAUUCAAAUAGGCUUUGUACAAAUUUGUCUUUUAAUAAUAGGAAUAACCGCUCCAUUAAUAAAAUAUGCUUCCUAGAUCAAGACUAAAAUAACCAAUAUAAUUUAAUAAUGGAAGCAAGAAAAAAUUAAAAAACUAUAAUAAAAAAACCAAUAGGCGAAUCUAUUUUAUUGA